AUCGUUUCCACUGUUGGCGUCCAUUGAAGCAACGUGUCUCACGAGGCCAUUGGAGAAAUUUGGGGUGUUUUUGGCUUGAGAUGCGAGCAGAAUCGGCGACAGCAUGGAAAUCGUAAGGCCUUUUGCUCUGAGGCUUACAGCCUGUCGACGCGUCCAGCUCCCGUGUGUUGCUGCUGCUGCUUCUCGGAUCGCUUCUGGAACCAGGCAACAUGUCCCCAAUACCAGAUCUUUCAGGACGAAUUCGGUGUACUGGCGAGAGGUGACCUCCAAGGCUCCCACGAAGAUCCGAGGGAAAUCGAAAGUGUAUGCGUCUGCCGAUGAAGCUGUGGCUGACUUGCAGUCUGGGUCGACCAUUCUCAGUGCGGGAUUCGGACUGUGUGGAACAGCAGAGACCAUAAUCAAGGCAAUUGCCAAGAGAAAGGAUCUCACUGGUCUCACUGCCGUGUCGAAUAACGCUGGUACGGCAAUUGGUGGUGGUCUGUCUCCUCUGAUUGCUUCUGGUCAAGUCACUCGUGCGAUCUGCAGUUUUCUGGGAAACAACAAGGCUCUGGAAAAGAAGUAUCUCAAUGGAGAGGUUUCCAUCGAGCUCACACCUCAAGGAACUUUGGCGGAGAAGAUCAGAUGCGGUGGCGCUGGCAUUCCCGCCUUCUUCACACCAACUGGCGUCAACACCCAUAUUCAGUCUGGUCAGAUUCCUGCGACGAUCAAGAAUGGUGAGGUCACAGAGUACGGGAAGCCUCGCGAGACUCGUGUGUUCGAUGGACGAGUAUACAACAUGGAAACCGCCAUCAAGGGAGACGUUGCCAUCCUCCGUGCGCACAAGGUCGACAAGGCUGGCAAUGUCCAAUUCCGAUACACCACCAAGUCAUUCGCCCCAUUGAUGGCCAAGGCCGCGACUGUAUCUAUUGUGGAAGCAGAAAACAUUGUCGAGGUCGGUGAGCUGAAGCCCGCGGAAAUCGACCUUCCAGGCAUUUUCAUCGACAGAAUUGUUCAAGCCACCGAAGACAAGAUCAUUGAGGUGAAGGUGCUUCGACAAGAGACUGAUGUUGAAGGCGAGGGUGCAAAGUCUGAUGCACUUGCUCGUCGAAACCGCAUCGCCAAGCGUGCCGCGAAGGAGCUCAAACCUGGAUUCUACGUCAACCUUGGUGUUGGCAUGCCCACAUUGGCGCCAUCUUUCCUGCCUCCGGAUAACAACGUGUGGAUCCAGUCCGAAAACGGCAUUCUGGGUAUGGGACCAUACCCUACGGAGGCCGAGCUCGACGCCGAUAUCAUCAACGCUGGCAAGGAGACUGUGACUCUCGUUCCUGGUGCCAGCUGCUUUGACAGCAGUGAGUCUUUUGGCAUGAUUCGAGGAGGCCACGUCGACGUGAGCAUGCUUGGAGCCCUGCAAGUGGGCGCAAACGGUGACCUGGCCAACUACAUGAUCCCCGGCAAGGUCUUCAAGGGAAUGGGAGGCGCCAUGGACCUUGUCUCGAACCCUGACCAGACCAAGAUUGUUGUACUUACAGACCACUGCGACAAAUACGGCACGCCGAAGAUUGUAGAGAGCUGCACGCUGCCAUUGACCGGCGCGAGAUGUGUCAGCACGAUUAUCACCGAGCUCUGCGUCUUCGAAGUUGAUCGGAAGAAGGGAGGGUUGACCUUGACUGAACUGGCUCCAGGUGUGGGCGUCGAUGAGAUCAAGCAGAAGACGGGCGCCAAGUUUGCGGUCAAGGAGCCUUUGAGCAAGAUGGAGUAGAUUCGGUUGUCUGGAGUAGUCCUCUGUGUCGGAAUUGUCGUGCUCAGUGUCAUGCUCCAUUCCAUUCUCACAUCGACAUAAGGUUAUUACCUGUAUCCUACAUGUACCUACCAUACAGACGUUCUUCUGUCUGCUCUGCGUCACUAGGAGGCACCACCUACUGCCGUAGUCUUGGCAUAUCCGUUGGUGGAUGAUGCGGGUGUCGACGGCUCCGCCAUCGGUCCAACGUGCCGUCGGCUACACGUUUAGCCUGGCACUCCGCCUUACUUCACA